UUUUUGGGCGCCAAACGCGCGAGCAGGGGUUGUUGUGCGCCGCGUGUCCUUCCGCCACGCGCGCCGGGAGUACCGGCCGGAGAGAGAGCGGAGCGGGAAGGAGGGAUCAGGAGGGCUCUGGCGAAGCGCAGCGGCUAGGCCGGGCCUGAUCUGUCCUGUCCCGUCCCGUAUCCGUCCUCCCUCACCACCAUGGUGGUCCUGCGGAGCAGCGUCGCCCGCCCGGCCCGCGUGGCCUCUCGCGACAGCCGCUGCCGCCGGCCCCCUUUCGAUCUGCUGGACUCCAGCUCCGACUUCAUCUCCCUGGAGGGCCCCGCGCUCAGCAGCCGCGGCGUCUGGACGCGCUCCGGGUCCGCCAAGGCCGCGGGAUCCAGGAGAGCUGCGGAGGCCGAUUUUUCCUCUGACAAUGUUGAAUGUUUCAAUGGACACCGUUUAAGAUCGAUGAGAAAAAACAUGCCGCCCUGUUCAGACUCCAGCUUUGACAAAAGUAUGGAAAUAUUAAGUGAAAAUGUCAACCGACACUUCUCAAGGCAACUGGCAAAGCCGAAAUCAGGCACAAAAAAAGAAGACUAUAAAGAAGUGACCAGAACACUGAAGACCAGAGCUGAUGCAAAAGCUGCAGAACAAGUCCACGAAGAAAAUGGGGAUUUGGAAGUCCGCCAGAGCUGCAGACUCCAGCAAAGCCGUUACACCUCUUCAAAUCAGUCUGUUUUGUUUGACAAACUUGUAACAAAUACUGCAGAAGCAGUCUUGCAAAAAAUGGAUGACAUGGAGAAGAUGCGUAAACGGCGAAGGAUGGGAGACCUGGAGGUGUUCCACGAUACAGAAGAAGAAAGCCUCGAUAUGGAAAGGACUGACGAAGAAAUAGCUGAUAAUCAAGUUGGUUCAUCAGAAGAAAGUGAAGCAAAAGAAGAUGAUGGUGGAGACACGCGGAAGCGUUACUCCUUUCGGCAGAGGAAAACUGUUGAGCGCUAUCAAGCACCAUUGCAAAAACCAGGACAACGUAAGAUGUAUUUUUCGGAGCGGGCUUCACCUGUCAGACAGAGAGAUUCAUGCAAAGGAACUAACAGACGGAGACACACAGUCCCCAGCAGUGAUUCCUCUUCCUCAUCUGAUGAUGAAGAGGAUUUUGAGAGGCAGAGGAAGAACAGAAAUUUAAGAAGGUCUCUUCCUGGCAACUUUCGUAAAGGUGAUUUAAAGGGAGCUCAUAAGGAUCGCAUGAAAAUUGGACCGAGUCUGGCUGAUGUUGAUCCAGUGAAAAUAGAUUGUUCAGUACGAUUUGAUGGUGUGGGUGGUCUUUCUGACCACAUUUCAGCUUUAAAAGAGAUGGUCGUUUUUCCAUUGCUUUAUCCAGAAGUCUUUGAGAGGUUCAAAAUUCAACCUCCAAGAGGUUGUCUAUUCUAUGGUCCACCGGGGACUGGAAAGACACUGGUUGCUCGUGCACUUGCAAAUGAAUGCAGCCAAGGUGACAGGAGAGUAGCCUUUUUUAUGAGAAAAGGUGCUGACUGCCUGAGUAAAUGGGUCGGGGAAUCUGAACGACAGCUUCGUUUGUUAUUUGAUCAGGCUUACCAGAUGCGACCUUCAAUUAUUUUCUUUGAUGAGAUUGAUGGCCUUGCUCCUGUACGGUCCAGUAAACAAGACCAAGUUCAUAGCUCUGUUGUAUCGACACUUCUGGCACUUAUGGAUGGCUUAGAGAGCAGAGGAGAGGUUGUGGUAAUUGGAGCCACCAACAGACUGGAUUCUAUAGAUCCUGCUUUACGACGACCAGGACGCUUUGAUCGAGAGUUCCUCUUCAGCUUGCCAAACAAAGAGGCGAGAAAAGAGAUUUUCAAAAUUCAUACACGAGACUGGACCCUGAAGCCAUUGGACAAGUUUCUUGAAGAGCUGGCUGAGAAAUGUGUUGGCUACUGUGGUGCUGACAUUAAAGCCUUGUGUGCUGAAGCUGCUCUCUGUGCUUUGCGCCGCCGGUAUCCUCAGAUAUAUGAAAGGAGUGAGAAACUGCAGUUAGAUGUCACUUCGAUUAAAAUAACAGCAAAGGAUUUUGUCAUGGCCAUGCAGAAAACUGUUCCAGCUUCACAGAGGGCUGUGGCUUCACCUGGGCGAGCGCUAUCAUCUAUUUUAAAACCGCUGUUGGAAAACACACUGCAAAGAAUUUUACAAGGCUUGCAGAGAGUAUUUCCCCACGCAGAGCUUGCACUAAAGAAGGACCAACAGCAAGGAAAUGAUGUGAUUGACACUGAUGAGGAGUCACCAUCAAUUUUUGAAGAGAGGCCAACUCAUAAAGUGCCUGAUCGUGAAAAGGCAGAAUUCCUCACUUUUAGCAGAAAUCCUCGUUGCCAGCCAACAUCUUUCAGACCACGGUUCUUAUUAGUUGAAGAUCCAGGGUGUGGGCAAGCUUUUCAUUUGGCACCUGCAGUGAUACAUGCCCUGGAAAGGUUUCCUGUUUAUACACUAGACCUGCCUGCUUUGUUUGUUAGCACCACAUCCCCGGAAGAAACAUGUGCACAGCUAAUGCAAGAAGCUCAAAGAACAGCACCAAGUAUCAUGUAUGUCCCACAAAUCCCUUUGUGGUGGGAGACUGUUGGACCUACAGUGAGAGCUGUUUUUACGACACUACUGCAGAACGUUCCAACGUUUGCUCCAGUUUUGCUUCUUGCAACAUCUGAUGUGCAACAUGAAGAUCUCCCAGAAGAGAUAAAAGUAUUGUUUAAUAAUGACUGUGAAGAAGUUUUCAAAAUCCAGUGGCCUACCUGUGCUGAAAGAAGAAGUUUUUUUGAAGACUUAGUUAUGAAGCAAGCUACUAAACCUCCUGCAUCAAAAAACAAUGCAGCUCGGCGGCCAUUGGAAGUCCUGCCUGUAGCACCACCACCUAAGCCUCGACAGCUGACAGAGGAAGAAAUGAGACAGCUGGAGGAGCAGGAAGAGGAUACGUUGCGUGAACUUAGGAUUUACUUAAGGGACGUGACUCACAGACUGGUCAUUGAUAGACGUUUCAGAGCAUUUACAAAGCCUGUUGACCCAGAGGAGGUACCUGAUUACAAUGCUGUCAUUAAACAGCCCAUGGACCUCUCAACAGUUCUCUCCAAGAUUGACAUGCACCAGUACCCAACUGCAAAAGAUUUUCUAAAAGACAUUGAUCUAAUCUGUAGCAAUGCUUUAGAGUACAAUCCAGUUAAAGAUCCUGGAGAUCGUCUCCUUAGGCACAGAGCUUGUGCCUUGAGAGAUACUGCAUAUUCCAUAGUGAGGGAAGAAAUGGAUGAAGAUUUUGAGCAACGCUGCCAAGAAAUUAAAGAAUCUCGGAAGAAAAGAGGUUCAGACUGUGCUUCCUCUUACUUCUGUGUAAUGCCAAAGGAGGACUCUGUUCCUGCGUGUAAGAAAACAGACCCAAAGUGUAAUGAAAAAUCGAAGAUGCCAGCAGUGCCUGUGAAUGCCAGUACCCCCUGCUCUAAAGAUAAGUCAAGAAGAAAACGCAAAAACAACAGAAAGUCGAGAUUUGUAGCAAAGAGGAAUGUUCAGUUCAAUAAAGAGAAUAAAAUUCCUGAAGACCAAACUGAAGUAGAGAGUAGUGAAGAGUCUAACACGGAUUGCACUGAAUUUGCAUCCUCCCAGGAUGCUCCUAUUGAAGAAUUUGAAAAUGUACUUCAAGAACGACAGAAAAACAAGACAGAAAAUGAAAGAGAGAGAGUUCUCCUUGUGGCUAAAUCUCCUUCUGGAAAGAAGAGAGAACAGUCAGACCUAAGAGAGCAGAGUGAAAUGCCAGAUUGCCAAAAAGCCGGAACUUCUGAAGAUGGAGGUUCAAAUGAUUCAUGGGUACAGCGUGUGACUCGUGCGAGAUGUUCUCAGGUGGAAGAAAAACAGCUGGCUGGUGUCAGGAAAGCCGUGAAAAUUGGCACACAGAGCGUGUUUGUGGAUUACUGUGAGCUCAAACGAGUGUUGCAUUCUAUCGCCAUGCUAACUGAGAAUGUCAGUAUAUUUCGCAUGGAAAAACUAUACGCUGUUCUUAGCCAGUGCAUUUACCAACACCGGGAAGAUGGCGACAAAAAGGAAUUAGUGAAGGCAAUGAAGAAAGAAAUUACAGCCUUCAGUGAUCCGUGAUACUUGAUUUCAGAUACCUGACUUCACAUAGUCUGUAAUGUUUCCUUUUGGUUGCAUGCUUUUUUCUUUGCAUAACUCAAUAAAUACUAGUUCUGCACAUAUAUUUAUACAUAUACAAAACAAAUAUAUCUUAAAAUUUAUUAAGAAAGCUCAAAUAAAGUAAUUUAAUGACUUUUAUUUGAAAUUUCCCUGCUAUCUGUGUAUAUUUUUGUGACGUACUGCUGUGAUUGCCUUUAGAACACAGAUCUGAAUAGAUAAUUUCAGUACCUUUCUUUAAAAGAAAAACUAACUUGAAACAAAGCAAGAUUUACUACUGUUACUUUCUAAGGUAAAGUUUAGUUGUGUUUGUAAUAAUGGCAAUCUUAAUGCUGGAGAAAAGCAUUUAAUAUCAUUUGUUAGUUGAUCAGGUAGCCUGUAGUUGAAUUAAGUUGUAAAUAGUUUUCUAGUUACCUGGGGAGAUUGAAAUCUGUUUAUUACAUAAAAAUGAAUAUAUUGUUUGCAAUAAAUAUAUUGAAGUAAAAGCAAAGCACUAUCCUGUUUUGAAGAUGUAUUCCUUCUCAACCCAGCAGAGAAAAUUUAUCUGUUAAUUUGAUAGUUAUUUUAAAAAUGAGACCAAGUUUCACUGUAUCACAACUUAUACAAAACUUCAUUCUCAUAAAAUAUGUGGCACGAUACUUUGCUGUUCACACACAGCGUGUGGUGAUACUGAACGCUGAAAUGUGCAAUCCCUCUGUUUGGUUUCUUACCUAUGUCAAUAGUGUUCUUUUUUUGUGUCCUUCUAGUGUGUUUCUUCAAACAUUUGUUCGUUAUGCACAUUUUCUUUUCUCUGUUUGGGUAUUAAUAAAAAAUUAAUGUCUUUUUA